UUUACGGCCGUGUCAGGUCGGUGCCGCGCUUUACGGCCGCUUUACGGCGGUGUCGCGCGGAGCACCGGGAUCGCUGUCAGGCCGCCAUGGACUCCCGUUUCACCCGCGGCAAGUCCCCGGUGCUGGAGCGCGCCCUGGGCCGGCCCCGCUCCGAGCUCUCCCUGGCCGCCUUCGCGCUGCUCUUCUCGGAGCUGGUGCAGUACUGCCAGCGCCGCGUGGCCUCGGUGGCCGAGCUGCAGGCCCGCCUGGCCCAGCUGGGCCACCACGUGGGGCUGCGAGCCCUGGACGCGCUGGUGGCCCGCGAGAGGCCGGGCAGGCGCGAGACCAAGGUGCUGGGCGUGCUGCUGUUCGUGAAGGGCCCGCUGUGGCGGGCGCUGUUCGGGCGCGAGGCCGACAAGCUGGAGCAGGCCAACGACGACGAGCGCACGUUCUACGUGAUCGAGAGGGAGCCCGUGGUGAACACGUUCGUGUCGGUGCCGCGCGAGAACAGCUCGCUGAACUGCGCCGCCUUCGCCGCCGGGCUGCUGGAGGCCGUGCUGGGCGCCGCCGGCUUCCCCGCCCGCGUCAGCGCCCACUGGCACAAGGGCACCACGCUCAUGAUCAAGUUCGACGAGGCCGUGAUCGCCCGGGAUAAGAGCCUGGAGGGACGCUGAGAUGAGGGGAAUGGCCUGGAGAGGGGUGGGGACACGGGGGUGGGAGGGAUGGGGACACUGUGGAACAGGGCUGUGAGGGAUGGGGACAGCGGGGGACAGCCUGGAGAGGGAUGGGGACACUGUGGAACAGGGCUGUGAGGGAUGGGGACAGCCUGGAGAGGGGUGGGGACAGCCUGGAGGGACACUGAGACAUGGAGGACAGCCUGGAGAGGGGUGGGGACAGCCUGGAGGGAUGCUGAGAUGGGGGGGACAUGGGGACAUGGGGGUGGGAGGGACAGGGAUGGCCUUGAGAGGGAUGGGGACAGCCCGGCAUUGUCACACAGUGUCACAGGGACGGGGCAGUGAGGGACAGGGACAGCCUGGAGAGGGAUGGGCACACCAUGGCCUUGUCACACAGCUGUGAGGGACAAGGCCAGGAGGGGUAAAGAGCCUGGAGGGGGACAGGGACAGGGACACGGGGACAGGGACAUUGUGGGAUGGGGACAGUGCAGCCGUGUCACUGACUCCUUGAGGGAUGGUAGCCUUUGGGGACAUCAGAGCUUCUUUGUGUCCCUCAGCUCAGGUGGCCCUAGGGGACAUCACAGCCACUCUGUGUCCCUUACCUGUGUUCCUGUCCCCGAGGUGGCCCUUGGGGACAUUGGAGCUGCUGUGUGUCCCUUGUUCCUGUCCCCGAGGUGGCCCUUGGGGACAUUGGAGCCGCUCUGUGUCCCUCGUUCCGGUCCCCGAGGUGGCCCUUGGGGACACUCGUGUCACCAUAAACUGCCUUUGUCCCUCC